AUGGAGAUUUUCAGUUUUUUUACAGGUAAUGAGCCUAGUUCAACUCAAAAGGUAGAGCUGGAAAAGUGGAAAAAGGAUGACAAGAAAUGUAAGUCCCUAAUUGUUCAAUGUGUUGCUGAAAGUCAUUUAGAGUAUGUAAUGGGCAAAGAAACUGCGAAGGAAAUCUGGAAUUCGUUAGUUCAGACGUUUGAACGUAAGGGUGUUGCGAGUCAACUGUAUCUAAGACGGCGGUUACUUACACUAAAACUUGAAAAUGACACUAAUCUUGAAGCUCAUUUUAUAAAAUUUGAUGAACUUAUAAGACAGUUGAAGUCAGCUGGGGCAAAACUGGAAAAAGAAGAUAUAGUAUGUCAUCUUCUGUUGACGAUGCCGGAAACAUAUAACAAUGUUGUGACAGCAAUAGAAACACUUUCAAUUGAGAAAGUAACAAUUGAAUUUGUUAAAGGAAGAUUGCUGGAUGAAGAAGCUAAGAAAACAAAUACUACAGAUAUACCUCAACAGAGAAGUACAGCUUUUGGAACUACAAGUAACAGUAGUUUUCCAUUUAAAUGCUAUGGAUGUGAUAAAGUUGGUCAUCGGGUAUCAGAAUGUAAAUUUAAAAAAAAGUUUGGUAGAGACAAAAAUAAGAAAUCUUCCAAAAAGUCAACAGCAAAUAAUGUUGUCAGCAAAAGUGAAGAUGCGGUUUGUUUUUCAAUUGGAAAAGAUAUGGAACCUACCGAGAAGGCAAGUGAAAUUUUUUGGUUCAUUGAUUCCGGUUGUUCAGAUCACUUGGUGAAUCAAGAAAAAUAUUUCCCCUUUAUAAAGCAAAUGGAAACUCCUCUGAACAUCGGAGUUGCCAAAAAUGGGGAAAGUUUAAUUGCGACUAAGACAGGUACAAUAAUUUCUUAUAGUAGAGUUGAUGGUGAAGAAAUUCUGUGUAAGUUUGAAAACGUAUACUACGUACCUAAUCUAAGGUACAACUUAUUAUCAGUUGGUAAGAUCGAACAGUUGAACUUUAAAGUUGUGUUUGAAAAUGGUCUUGCAACAAUCACUCAACCUAGUGGAAAUGUAGUUGCUGUUGCACGCAGAAUGAGAACUCUGUAUGGCAUAACUUUCUCUCUAAAACCAAAUACUUGUGCAAAUAACUGUAUUGAUACACAAAUUGAUGAGAGUUUGUGGCACCAAAGGAUGGGACAUCCAAACAAAAGUUAUUUAUGGAUGUUGAGAGAUAUGGUUACUGAACUAAAUCUUAACAAGAAUGAUAUUCCGGAGUUCUGCCAAACAUGUGUAGAAAGCAAGCACUCAAGAAAACCAUUUCAAUCAAGGUCUUUUCAGACUCGUCGUCCGCUGGAAAUUGUGCACAGUGAUGUGUGUGGACCAAUAUCACCGACUACUUGGAACGGUAAGAAAUACUUUCUUUCAUUCACUGAUGAUUAUACCCGUUUUUCAAUUAUUUAUUUAUUAGAAAAAAAAAGUCAAGUGUUGCAAUGCUUUCAAAAUUAUGAAGCAACUGUAAGUGCAUUUUUUGAUUUAAAAGUUUCCAUAUUGAGAUGUGACAAUGGAGGGGAGUAUGUAAGCAAUGAGUUAAAACGUUUUUGUUCAGUUAAAGGAAUUGUUGUUGACUAUACUGUUCCUUACACACCUGAACAAAAUGGUUUAGCAGAAAGAUUGAAUAGAACAUUGGUAGAAAGAACAAGAUCAUUGCUGUUACAAUCAAACUUGUCAAAAGAAAUGUGGGGAGAAGCAGUACUCACGGCCGCUUAUUUGGGAAACCGACUAUCAACACAUGCAAAUAUAAAGAAGACUCCUGUUGAGCUUUGGACUGGAAGUAAGCCUAACUUAAACAAUAUUAGAAUCUUCGGAUGCGUUGCUUUCGCACACAUACCAGACCAAUUGAGGCGUAAGUUAGACUCAAAGUCAAAAAGAUGUAUAUUUGUUGGUUAUACAAAAAAUGGUUAUAGGCUAUGGGAUCCAUUAACAAAGACUGUGUUUGUCAGUCGAGAUGUCAUAUUUAAUGAAAAAGAAUUGUUAAAUCCUAUAAUUACUAAUAAUGAAAAGAAAAUACUUGUUGAAAUAAACAAUUCAGAAAUUGCUGAGGAAUCAGAAGAAACCACUGAACAAGAAUCUCAAGAUGAAGAAAGAAAAACAGAAAAUGAUGUGGAUAAAGUCAUUGGAAAUAAUAUACCAACACAAGAACAAUUGAAAAGAAACAGGAAAACUCCAACGUGGCAUAAGGAUUAUGAAAUGUCAAUGAUGGCACUUUCUGUUGAAUACUAUGUUCAAGAUUUACCAGAAACUGUUGAAGAAAUCAAAACUCACCCAAAUCAUACUCAGUGGAAAGCAGCUAUGGAAGAAGAAAUGAGAGCUCUUAAUGAGAAUAAUACAUGGACUUUGGUUAAAAGACUGCCUAACAAAAGGGUUAUGAACAACAAGUGGGUCUUUAAAGUUAAAACUGAUGAACAAGGAAAUGUUAUACGAUUUAAAGCAAGACUUGUUGUCAAAGGCUAUUCUCAAAAGUUGGGUUUUGACUAUAUGGAUACCUAUGCACCUGUAGCCAACAUAGUGACUGUUCACACAUUACUAUCACUGGCACUACACAAAGACUUGCAUAUUAUUCAAAUGGAUGUGACAACAGCGUUUCUGAAUGGAAUAGUUGAAGAAGAAUUGUACAUGAGACAACCUGAGGGUUUUGAGAAAGGGGAAAACUUAGUUUGUAAACUAAAUAAAUCAUUGUAUGGUUUAAAACAAGCUCCUUAUUGUUGGAAUAAAAGAUUUAAUGAAUUUAUUGAAGGGCAAGGAUUAGUAAGAAGUAAUUCUGAUCGAUGCGUAUACAUAAAAAUUAAUAGUAAUGUAUGUUUAUUUUUACUAUUGUAUGUGGAUGAUGUUCUAAUAGUGAGCCACUCUAUGAAGUCAAUGAAUGACUUAAGAAGAACACUGAAAGAAGAAUUUAAAUUAACCGAUCAAGGCGAAGCAAAAUCAUUUCUAGGUAUUAAAAUAGAACGUACUGAAGACUCUAUGAAAAUUAGUCAAACUCAUUAUUUGGAAAAGUUGCUGAAGAAAUUUUCAAUGGAAGACUGCAAGCCAAUAUCGACACCUAUGGAAACCAAACUUAAUACAGAAAAUGGAGAGGCAACUAAUAAACCUUAUCGCGAGUUAAUUGGCUGUCUAAUGUAUGUAAUGAUUCAAACAAGACCGGAUUUAAGCGUUGCAGUGAACUUAAUUAGUCGAUAUCAGUCUCAACCGACAGACAGUUUAUACAUUCAACUCAAAAGAGUACUACGCUAUGUGAAGGGUACUACUGAUUUUGGUCUUAUCUAUAAAAAGGGUAAAGAAGUAAGUCCACUAAGGGGAUUUGUUGAUGCAGAUUUCGCUAAUGACAUCAACGAUAGGAAAUCUUCCUCUGGAUACUUAUUUCAAAUAUAUGGAUCCACAGUUUGCUGGUCUACAAGAAAGCAAUCAACAGUAGCAAUCUCCUCAACAGAGGCUGAAUAUCUAGCAUUGGCAUCAGCUAUACAAGAACCUAUGUGGCUCAAAGGUUUACUUGUUGAAAUGUGCGUUAUAGGAGCAGAUGAACAAAUUGUUUUGUAUGAAGACAAUCAAUCCUGCAUCAAAAUUUCUGAAGAGCCAAGAAAACAUCAAAGACUUAAACAUCUAGAUACCAAGUACAAUUUCAUUAAUGAAUCAAUUGCCAACAAUGAAAUAAAAUUGGAGUAUGUUCCAUCAGAAAAUCAGCUAGCCGACAUUCUUACUAAACCACUGUCGGCUUCAACAUUUAUGAGACUGAAGAAACUUAUUGGUGUCAAUGAAUACUAA